UGCUGCUGCUCCCAUCUGCUUGGUGGAACUGCCUGCUCAGUCCUCGCUGCAGAGGGAUCUCCAGACGCUUUCCCCUGGUCCUCCCUGUUUUCUUGAGCAAGUGGCUUUCCAACCAAAGCUUCGUGUGGGAGGCUUCAUGUUGGCAUCCAGGGUACAUGUCCCAAAUAUGUCCAGCCCCACCUUCUGAUCCUAGUGCAGAGGAGCUGCCGACAGAUGACAGUAGCUAUCCUCCUUCAAUACUGAGGAAAAGGCCACCUGUGGACCAAGCUGUGGGGGAAAAGCGGAAAGCAGAGAGAAGGGUUCGAUUUCGUGAGCCAGAAGUCAUUGAACAUGCCAUUUCCUGCUGUGACUACGUAGUGGUAGAUGACAGGUCAUCAUCUGGAUUGCCUGUGCUCCUGUGGCUCUCAUUUUGUGCAGUGCUGAUCCUGGCUGUGAGUCUCUACUACACCAGCAUGAAGCAAGAUGUCAAAGUCCUGGAGGAAUUUCAAUCUCGACUUGUUAUCUUCUUUCUUCAGAUUAGACACGUUGCUCAGAAAUGCUGGGCUUGGUUUAUGAGGCAGUAGCAAUGUCCUCCAGCCUGACAGACAUCUCAGAGCACUGCUGACCAGUAUGCGGCAGCGCAAAGCUCCCAGUCUACUCCAGCCACAUGCAGGGAACACGUAAAGAUCCACCUCAAAGAGCAAGAACACCACCCCUGUUGUGCCCUGUCCAGCAGCCACUUGCUUCUCCUUUCUUUUUUUUUUUUUUUCACAUUACUGGGCAGUCAUAGCAGCACCUAGAGGUUCCACCAAACUCAUGCUCCAUCAUCCUGAACACCAAGCAAGUGUCUGAAUUUUGUCCCCCAAAGAGCUUAUAAACUGCUGAUAUGAGGAGCAAAGUAGAGAGAGAAAUACAUGGAUUUGUGCAGGCAGCAGCAAGCUCUGAAUAAAAGUCUCCUGAGUCUCAGGUCAAGGCUUUAAAUAGCAAACCAUCUUUCUCCUCAAGUCUCCUAAGAGCUAUUUUGCAAAAGUUGAAAUAAAGCUGUGCUAUUACACAAGCACUGUCUGGUGGCCAAAGGUUUGGCAAGCUGCUAUAUUUAUACACCUGAAACAAUUAUUAGUAAAAUAUCUGCAAAUGGCUUUCUUGUUUCCCUUCAUGCAUUUUCUCCUCCAUGGGCAAAAGCUGUUUCUUAAUGUUUUACUUGACUCCCAGGUGUGAAAAAGAACAUGAAAACUCAUUUAAACAGUAAAUAGUUUAUUUGCCUAACAUAAAUAACAGCAUUGAAUCCCAGGCUAAUUAUCAGAUCAGUAGUUUAAUCCUCUGGGUUUGAUUCAGUCCAUAAUCCCCACGAGCUGAGCUUACAAGAUUUAUGAUAGUGCUUGUAUUCGGUCAGAGGUUAUGCAUUUAUGCCUGGGUCUUCAAAGCCUUAUAUAAUAGUAAUACGGAUUGUUUAUAAAGGCGUGGGAGGCAAAGCCCCUUUAUGUCUCCAUUGGCCCACCAUAGUAUGCACCUCUCUGAAGGGAACCCUUUUAAUGGAGAUCAUGCAAUAAGUGUGGAAUGGUGCUCUGGGUGUCUGAGAGGAGAACAAGCGAGUGCAAGCUUAUGAGCUGCAGCUAUGUUUUCUUUCUAGACAAAACCAGUACAACCAGCUUUUUUUAGAUUGUUGUCAAGUGGCACCUGAUGUGUGCUUGGGUUUAUCUGGUAUGAUAAGGGUGACAUCAGAACCUGUAAGAGCUGAAGAAAAGAAAAAAAAAAAAGAGAAAGAAAACACUGCAGAGAAGAUGGAAGAGAAGCCUGCAAGACCUUGGCUUGAACUCCUCUGCCAUUGCAACUCACCAAAAAGAAAAGAUGGUGCUUUAUUUUUAAUUGAUUUUUUUUUUUAAAAAAGGGCCAUACCUCUCUCCCCCAACAACCUUCUUCCAAGCAGCCCAGGGACUUUAACCAGGCAGAGGAUAAACAGAAACACGUUAUGCAGCCUUCUCUCAAGAGGAGAGUGGGCAGUGACUUGAUUGAGAAUGAGUCAAAAAGAUUGCAGAGACAGAAAGAAGUGACUUCAGUGACUAUUCUCAUGCUCCUCCUAAGAUGUCAAAGGCCACAGCAAUUGCAUUCGACACGCUGCCAGUCUGGGAAGCAGAGGUUGCUGCAGGAGGAGUGUUUAGCUCAGGGGCUCUUUGUGCAAACCGCUCAGGUACCCCAGCUCAGAGGGUAAGUUUCACUGCUGCUUCCCUUCCCUGUCCCCCAUCUCAGCCCUGCUGUUUAGGUAAUAAAGAAGAAAGGUUUUA